UAACUGUGGAAAUCAUAUUUAUAAAAUUGUAAAACCAUAUCACAACCAAUCCAUAAUGGGGAUAGCCUAGUAUGUGUAGGCUGUUGUGGGAGGAUCUUAACCCAACCUUCUCAAGUAAUGUACAACACAACGGAGUUAUGUUCGGUGGUGAGUGGUCACAGUAGUCCAGCGGCGAUAUUAUGUAAGUGUACUACCCGAACAGCAUUCAUAUCACAAUUGGUUAAGAAACGUCAACCGUGGUUUUUAUUGCCUGGCAACUUUCAGCGGCUGCUCUCCGAGUCCUCAAGCUCGUGCUUUCAUCUGAGGGCUUGUAUAAAACUGUUCAAUAUUCCAGCCUUCACUACCGCUAUGACUUCAAGUACCAAUGUCUCUUGUUUUCACGAGGCUCGAAGAGUUGCUAUUUUUGGAGGCACGCACGGAAAUGAAAUGUCAGGCGUAACGCUUGUAAAUCUGUGGAUACAGAAUGGAAAAGAAAUCCAUAGAAAGGGAGUUGAGACGAAACCCUUCAUAACGAACCCAAGAGCCGUGGAGAAAUGCACUAGAUAUGUGGACACAGAUCUUAACAGAGCGUUCACGACCGAGAAUCUCAGCGCCCCUAGUGGAGAUGACCUGCCCUACGAGGUCCAGAGGGCCCAGCAGAUCAAUGAGAUAUUUGGACCUAAAGGAAGCCCUGAGGCCUACGAUGUCAUCUUCGACCUCCACAACACUACCUCCAACAUGGGUUGUACGCUCAUACUGGAGAGCUCCAAGGAUCACUUCAACCUCCAGAUGAUGCAUUACAUCAAGAAAGCCAUAGCUCCUGACAGUUGUCCAGUUCUGCUGACUGAACACCCGCUACUCAAGUAUUCAACUUCACGCUCUGUGGCCAAGCACCCCAUCGGUCUAGAGGUUGGCCCACAACCUCAGGGGGUUUUGAGGAGCAACAUCUUUGAGUCUAUGAGGGUGGUACUGAAACAUGCCCUGGACUUCAUUGAGCUCUUCAACGAAGGCUUGGAGUUUCCCCCCUGUACAGUGGAUGUGUUCAGAGUUUCAGAGAAGAUGGACUAUCCCAGAGACACCAAUGGCAACAUCAUUGCCAUGGUGCACCCCAAUCUACAGGACUGUGACUGGGAGCCGUUGAACCCUGGUGACCCUAUGUUCCAAAUGUUUGACGGGACAACCCUCUGCUACGAAGGUGCUGGCACCGUCUAUCCCACUUUUAUUAACGAAGCUGCUUAUUAUGAGAAGCAGCAGGCGUUCGUAACUACCAGACGAGAGACCUUAGCAGCUGGUGCUAUCAAAAAAAACAUAGGACAAAGUUACAGUGUAUAGUUUACUUCAGUUUGUAAGCCCCAGCAAUAUUCUAUAUUCUUUACAGUUCAUCUUUAUUAUAUUAGAUCUAUAUACAAUAUUCUUUAUAGUUUUCCCAAUGACACCACUUAAAAAGAACAUAUCUUUCACAUUGAUAAUUAGAGAGUAAUGUUUCAUACUCUCUGUACUUUUUUAGAUGUCUUAUUGAUAUGUUGUUCUAAGAUCAACUAACUAUGCAAAGUACAGUCACUGUGACUCGAGGCACUGCUAGGUUUUUAAUGAAGAUUUGAACUUUUUCUAUCCUAAGAAUUGUUGUGAUGAAUACAUUUUCUGUUAUUUUUAAAUAGAUUUUAUUAAGCAAACUUAUAAAGUUUUGUGAAGUGAAAGUAAGCAUAUCUAUGACAAAUACAAAGUACCGCAAUCCCAAGAAGAACCACAACACUUAAGCACUGUUCUUAAUACUGUAUUCCUUAUAACCGCUCAGGAAGUUGGGCAAUUUUAUAUUAUAUCAAAAGAAUAGCCUACAACCUGAGAAUCUUUAUGUUGUAUCUAUUAUACUUAUAAUCAAGUUGUUACAAUCAAUAAGCUAGUGAGCUUGGCCUUAAAAUACAAUAACAGAACCUCUUGAUGCUACCUAACCUCUCUACUGAUGUUGGAUCUUAAUUUGAGGACUCUUUUGUUGCUGAGAAUGUUCCUGCAGAGCAGAAAAUGCAAACUUGUAGUGUAUUUGAGUUAUUAAAAGGCUUCUAAAGUUUGUAAUUUCCACUGAAAAAUGUCAGACUUGGUUUGCCCUAAUGAAAAAUGUAUCAACUCCUACAAAAAUGUCCAUUAGUUAUAAUCCACAUAAUAAUUCACAUUUCUUGUUGCUGCAGGAUUAAAUUAAGAUCCUACAUAUGUAUACAAUCAAUGCCACCUAACCUUUCUACAAUGGUCACUAUUAUGGUGCUGCUACUAUUGUCCUACUAUUGCCUUAAAAUAAGUGAUUUCUAUGAUAAUUGCAUGACAUUUGUGAGGGAAAGUUUCAUUUGUAAUCCCAGAUGUGGAAUAAAUACAGAUGCUAUUUUGAUACGAAGUUGGAUAUGUAAAGGGGAUUUAUUUUCAUGUGACGAGGUGUGAUGUGUUUCAAAAGGUAAUUUACAUGUGUUUGGUGUCAGAAGGUAGAACAUAGUUGAUGGUGGUAUUAUUGUUAUUUUGAUGUACUGUAAGUGGGUUUUAAUGUGUGAUGUAAAUUUCGAAAAUAACAUGAGUGGACAUAUGAAAUCUGUUCAAAAUAUACUGUAUGUAUAUUGUGCAAUAAUUUCCAUUCCAAUAAUGUCCUACGCAUUUGUUGUUUGUUGAAAUGUUAUAGCAAUCGUGAUCUGAUUUAAAGAUUUCAUUCCAAUCCCUCAGAACAGUUCAAUUGUGGUAUAUGCCAUGCCUUUUUUGUAAAAGUGACAUAAUCAAUAAAUGUCAUUUGCAUUAUACCAUC